GGCUCGACAACCUCACAUCAAGUGCACUGUUUAAGCUUGAGAUUUUGUGACACAACAACCGCCCAGAAGAAUUGUGAGAACUGCAAGGAUACUCGGCCCCUGUUUAUACUGGAACCUUCCGUAUGGCGUCAGGCGAAGUCCAUCCGGCAUCUGAGCCGUCAAGAUGGCGCUAUCUGGACAACGUUCGAACCCGAGCAGGGCCGUUCACCAAUGAUGAGGUCUUUGACGCCGGGUUAGUGGUUGACACAAUGGAUAAUAUGAAGAUACUCGUUAUUGGAGCCGGGGGUCUAGGUUGUGAGAUUCUCAAAAACUUGGCUCUGUCCGGAUUCAAAGAUAUCCACGUUAUUGAUAUGGAUACGAUCGAUAUUUCGAACCUGAAUAGGCAGUUCCUCUUUCGGAAGGCAGAUGUCGGGAAGUUCAAGGCAGAAGUGGCUGCCAGCUUCGUGGAGAGGAGAGUCAAGGGCGUCAAGAUCACGCCUCAUAACUGCAAGAUCCAGGACUUUGAUGAGGACUUCUAUAUGCAGUUCCAGCUUGUGGUCUGUGGUCUCGACAGCAUAGAGGCACGGCGAUGGAUCAACGCGACCCUCGUGAAUAUGGUUGACCCGGAGGUCGAGGAUAGUUAUAAGCCCCUAAUCGACGGUGGUACCGAAGGUUUCAAAGGUCAGUCGAGAGUAGUCCUGCCCUCGGUGACUUCGUGCAUAGAAUGCCAGUUGGACAUGCACGCACCGAGGGCAGCGGUACCCCUCUGCACCAUCGCGACCAUUCCGCGCCAACCGGAGCACUGCAUCGAGUGGGCCCACAUCAUCGCCUGGGACCAGGAGAAGCCCUUUCCCAAGCUGGACAAUGACGACCCCGAGCACAUUACCUGGCUUUACCAAAAGGCCCUCAAUCGUGCCGAGGAGUACGGCAUCACGGGGGUCACCUACUCGAGGACGCAGGGCGUCGUGAAGAACAUCAUCCCGGCCAUCGCGUCCACCAACGCUAUCAUCGCGGCUAGCUGCUGCAACGAGGCUCUGAAGAUAGCGAGCAACUGCGCGCCGUCCCUAGGAUACCCGAACGACAACUACAUGAUGUACUCGGGCAACGACAGCAUCUACACCUACACGUUCGAGCACGAGAAGAAGGACGACUGCCCCGUCUGCGGGAACCUGGCGAGGGACCUGGAGGUCGACCCCCGAUCCACCCUGCAGGAGCUGAUCGAGUCCAUGGCGAUCCGGCCCGAGGCGCAGCUGAAAAAGCCGUCGGUCAGGUCGGAGAGCAAGACGCUCUACAUGCAGUCGCCGCCGAGUCUGGAGGAGAAGACGCGGCAGAAUCUGGACAAGACGCUGACCGAACUCGGGCUGGGUGACGGCGAGGAGAUUGGCGUGACUGACCCCUCGUUUGCGACUGUGUCUUUCAAGUUCAGGCUCCGCUUCAAAUGAGAGGAGGCCUUGGUUACGGUCAGGGGCGUCGGAGGACAGGCACCAUAUAUUUGUUGGAUUAUGCUGGACGCAUCUCUGUGCAUAGUGAUGCUUGAGAAUCGAGGCCUCGGGUGAGGUUGAAGAUAGGCAGAAAAUCAAUCAACCUAUUAAAGAAAGUGACUACCCAGCCUUUUUUUGACCCCGG